AUGGAUGAAUGGAGCUUUACAUUACCAGAUAGCCCAAGCCAACGUUCAAUAAAAAGAAAACGAAGUACCUCCACAGAGGAUCCUCAAAACUAUCUUUGGGUCGAUCAGUAUGCACCCAAAUCAGUGGCAGACGUAUGUGUUCGAGCAGAGAAAGUAAGAGAGCUUCAGGGUGCCAUUGAGUCUUCAGCUAUUGGAAGUAGACAAGGCCACACCAAGAUCUUGCUAAUAUCAGGUCAAUCUGGCGUUGGCAAAAGUACACUCGUACGAUUAUUAUGCAAAUCAAUGAACUACGACCUUCUAGAAUGGAUAAACCCUAGCAACGACUACGACCCCACAGAUUCACAUACGCACACUAUGACAUUAUUCAACGAUAUGCCCGAUAUAACGACAGAGGAAAUCAAGCAACAGUUACACUCUAUACUCAAGCACAUUGUUUAUUCACCUGCCAAAUUUUUGCUGAUUAUGGUGGCUACCGAUGCUUGGAUGGAGUCCUUAUCCUACAAAAACUAUGACAACAAAUUGAACAGAUCCAUUGAUAUUAUACCCACAGAGUUGAAUACUGAUUUGCGAGUGAAGCACAUCAAAUUCAAUCCUGUCAACAAAACCAACAUGAAUAAAGUACUAAAAAACAUCUUAUCCCAAGAACCUGUCAAUGUACCAAAAGAUCUUCUCGACGAAAUCAUAGAAAAGUGCGACGGCGACAUUCGAGCAGCAAUUAAUACGCUUCAGUUUGACAGUAUUCAUUCCAGAAAAACCAGAAAGAUCCUAAGCAAAAAGAAAUCAGGAAACAAACCGCCGUUCGACGAUAAAACAGGGCCUUUGACGCUAUUCCAUGCGGUUGGCAAGGUGCUCUAUGCAAAAAGAAACCCUGACGGCACAUACGAGUCAAAACCAGAGCAUAUUCUAGCAAAAUUACCCGUAGACAAUGACACAUUCAUCUCCUACUUGCACCAAAACUACUCUGAAUUCUUUGAUGACAUGGAUUCAUGCAGCAAACUGCUGAAUUCUCUGAGCGAUGCAGACACAAUACGUUCGCAGCAUGAUUGGCAGGACACACAUGCAAGCAUCUAUCGUGGUUUAGUGAGUGUCAAUGGCAUCAUGAUCAAUCCACCUCGCGAAAAAAUUACGUAUCGUCAGCAAACCUUUGAUAAGCCAAGAUUCUUUGAGGCUCAAUUGGUCACCCAGCAACAGAAAUUGGAGAACUAUCGCAAGGAUUUCAUGGCUUCAGUGCAGUCCAGAAUGGCUGACUACGAGUCUCAGGAACAAAUGGAGUAUGAGGAUGAUCCAAUUCAAGAUUUCAGCGAAGAUGAAUUUGAUGAUAUCUAUGGUGAUGACGAUGAUGAAUUAGCAGCAUUUAUGGAUUAUUAA